UCUUCUUAUACACAUAUACAUAUAUAAUUCCUAUUCUCACUCAGUGGCCAUCGAACUUCUUCAACCCACACACAGCUCAUCUUCAUCUUCAUCUUCCCUAAUUCCCCUGCAAUAAAUAAAUAUAUAUAUAUAUAUAAUUAUGCCGAAAUUGGGGAUGGGUUACCUCUCCUGCACGGCGGAAUCAUCUAUGGCGACUUUGAACUCCGACGACAAACCCACCGGCAUUAAAAUCGAGGAAUUCAAGUACCAAGAUCUGGAGCUCGCCACCAACAACUUCUCCGACGCCAAGCUCCUCGGCCGAGGCAGCCAUGGCCUCGUCUACAAAGCCGUCCUCACCACCGGCCGCCGCGUCGCCGUCAAGAAGCCCUCCUCCGCCGUCCCCGACGAAGUCGACAACGAGAUCGACAUCCUCUCCUCCCUCCGGAGCCCCGCCCUCGUCAAUCUCCUCGGAUUCGCCGCCGCCGGCCGCAACCGCCGCCUCCUCGUCGUCGAAUUCAUGAGCAACGGCACCCUCUACGACGUCCUCCACUCCGCAUCCCGCCGGCCGCCGCGGUGGCGGCGCCGGAUCAGAUUCGCCCUCCAAAUCGCCACCGCGAUCGACACCCUCCAUUCCCAAUCCCCGCCGGUGAUCCACCGCGACAUCAAAUCCGCCAACGUCCUCAUCGACCGGAAUUUCAAUGCCCGCCUCGGCGACUUCGGCCUGGCCCUCCGCUGCGCCGACGCCGACGCCGCCCGUCUGCGGUCGACGCCGCCGGCCGGAACGAUGGGCUACUUAGACCCCUGUUACGUCACCCCUGACCUCCUCAGCACGAAAGCUGACGUCUUCAGCUUCGGAAUUCUUCUGCUCGAAAUUAUCACAGGCCGGAAAGCCAUCGAUUUGAGCCACUCGCCGGCGUCCGUCGUCGAUUGGGCGAUCCCACUGAUCCGGCGCCGGAAAAUGCUCUCUCUCUACGAUCCUCGGACUCCGCCGCCCAACGACGCCCUGGUGAGGAAAACUCUGGCGGUGCUGGCGGCGAAGUGCGUCCGUUCUUGCCGGGAACGGCGGCCGUCGAUGAAGGAAGUGACGGCGUGCCUUGCGGAGCUGAGUAAGCUGGUCCCGGUCCAGUCCUGGACCGGGUUGGGGGUUAAUCCGUGCUUGACCGCGGAGACGGCGGUUCGGGCCGUUGGACAAAACGGGCCGGGUUCGAAGAAUGGGAAUAUUGCAAAGACUGGUAGACUGUUAUCGAGUUCACAAAGAAUGGAUUUAAAUUUUGGGAGCAAUUUAAUGGAAUUGAUGGCCGGGCCUAACGGCGAAUCGAGCUUCCGUUUACACGAUCACGGCGAUCAACGGCGGCCGGAGUUCGGAAAAUUGACGGCGGCCGUUAAUUUCGAAAGGUGUAGAGCUUUCGAUACGAAUAAGGUUGUUAGAAAAGAUGGGAAAAUUAGAGCCGAUUCUAAGAAGAGAAAUACUAAGAAAUAAUGUUCAUUGUUUCUUUAACACAGUCUUGAUUAAUCUGAAAAAAAAUAAAUAAAUAAAUAUAUUUUUAAUAUAUAUACUUUUUAAUAAAUAAUAAAAAAAAAUUGAGGAAAAGGAAAAAU